AGCUACAUAUGGAAAUCAGACCAAAGCCUAGGGAUAGGAACCAGCAGACCAACAAAAAUACUCAUGAUGAUAGACACUCAGAUGCAGCCAAAAUACUCAUGGAUUUUCAGAAAUAAAUAUCUUGAAGUAUCAUCUAACUCUAAAUUUAACCAAGAGGAGCUCCUCAAACAGAUAGAAGAGGAAAUGGACCUUAAAAUGUCAAGAGAACUACAAAGUGCAGUUCUGACCGAAAGCAAAGACUUUUCUAAAUCGAGCACUUUCAGAAGAGACCCUACAAAUAUUUUCAAUGAGAUCUUGGUGAAUAGAAUUUCAAGCAACCACCCAACCAAGCAUAACAAGUCUGGCCAUGAACAUAGAGAUCGUAGGAAUUCUAGGAUUAGGAAUUAUAAGCCUAAAUCAAUGAAUGAAAUCAUUAGAGAGAAAGUCAGGGAGCAAUACAAGAAGAAUGGAAAUGACCAAACAGACAUUGCUAAACUGCUCAAUAAGGAUAUUGAACUUAAUAUGGAAACAGACCGGCUUAAAACCCUUAGAGAAAAUUUCUAUAGAGAAAUUAAGGAGGAAACAGAAAAACUUAUUAUACAAAAUACAAAUAUGCCUGCCAAGAAGGAUCCCUUCGUACAUCAAGGAAGUAUUCAUACUUCGAAGCACCCUACAGAAUCUGGGUUCAACAAGGAUUCUUUCUACAGUAGCAGUAACGGAAGAAUUGUUGUGGCUGCUCAAAAGGCCAUUGAUCAGACUCAGAAAGGUAUCGAAGAGACAAGCCAAUUGCAUCAAAAGCAAGUCAAACUGUAUAAAAAGCUCUUGAAAGCUCAGAGUCAGAAAGAGAGUGAGCGAUACAAGAGACAAGGCAGAAAGAAGAAGCAUAUUGAUAUUAAUGGGAUCAUUGACAGCCAGCUAAGAGUUGAUGGGAUAGUUAAAGACUAUUUCCACAACCAGAUUAUUAGUAGUAAGAAGAUUGGUCUCCAGGAUUACCGAUAUAAAAAUCAAGGUGGAUUUUGGAAACCGAAUAAUUAUUCAUCAGAUGAGUUCAAUGUUAUCUAUAAUGUCACUAAAAUGACCCUCCCAGAAAGUCUGGAAAGCCAUUUUGAUAUGAGACUCAUUAGAAGUUCAGAUGGAAGUGGAAUGGGCAAUGCCUUCUUCUUUAAUAAAUCUGAAGUUUAUCAAGAGCGUAUCCCUGAUAGCACAACUAUGAAAGUUUUGAGCAAGAUUGAGGUAAACCAUUAUGAAGAAAGCCCAGAAAUUAAGAGGAUAUUACCCAGGCCAUCUGACUUCAGAGCUUAUCAGCUUCAUUCCCAGUCAUUUUUAAAAGAAAUGUUUGAAAACAAUGUAUCAAGAAAAAGUGAGCCCAGGGCUAAUGAUGGAAGAAUAACUCUCACUGAGAGGAAUAAUCUUCACAGACAGAGAAACACUGCAAAUCAAUUAGCAGGAAGAGAAGAAAGUAAAAACAAUGCAAACGGUGCCAACGCAUCUCCCCUUGCUUAUGGUGAGACUAUUACUGAAGAGUCUCUGAUAACAUCAGUAGCAUCUGAUAUCUCUGAAAGCAACAUCAGAGAUGUCACCGGCACCAUCGAGCUAGGCGAUGGUAAAAGAAUCAGGGUUGAUCGUCACGGAAACACUAUUAAGGCAGAGAAGAAGUUCAAGAUCCAACUUCUAGUUGAUCUUCUUAGUAAUGAAGAAGAGAAAAGUUGGGAUUCCGAAGAUGAAGAUGGCGAACUCAGUUAUCGAGAAGAGUCUUCACUCGAUUUAGAAAUCUCUUUCUUUUAAUAUUCACCAAAUUCCUUUAGAUUUCUCAGAAAUUUCUUAACACCAUGAAACAGCCUGUAGACUCUCUCUUGGUUCUAGAUCCCUU